AUGAAGGAAGAGCAAGUCAAGCAGGAGAAGAACAUGAAUUUGACCAACUGCACAAAAAUAACUGAAUUUAUUCUUGUUGGAUUGCCACGUGUUUGGGGAAUGGAAAAUGUGAUGUAUGCCAGCAUCUUUCUGCUCUACAUCCUAAGUUUGAUGGGCAAUGGGCUCAUCAUUACGAUAGUAAUCAAGGAUCAUCGUCUUCAGAAACCCAUGUAUUUCUUCCUUAGCAACCUUUCUUUCAAAGACAUUGGACACACCACAACCUUUAUACCUAAACUGUUGCUCAAUUAUCUCUCUGCUAACAAUUCCAUCUGUUUCUUUUGCUGUAUAAUACAGAUGUAUUUCUAUUUUCUUUUUGGGGUCACUGAAUUUUUUAUCAUCACUUUGAUAUCCUUGGAUAGAUACUUAGCCAUUUGCUAUCCUUUCAGAUACACCAUUAUCAUGACUUCAGGGGUUUGCCUUAAAUUGGCAAUAGGAGCCUGGUGUGGAGGUUUUUUCUCCAUUUUUUAUCAGCAACUAAUCACAGUAAACCUACCCUUUUGUACUUCCAACAUUAUUAAUCAUUUCUAUUGUGAUGUUGGACCUGUGUUGAGGAUUGCAGGGGGAGAUACACAUCUCAUUGAAGCCCUUGGCUUCCUUGUUGCUGUGGUUGUGGUUGUGUCUUCCCUGGUUUUCACCCUCGUUUCUUACCUCUUCAUCAUCUGGACCAUUCUUCGAAUGCCUUCAACCUCCAGACAGCAAAGGGCCUUCUCAACAUGUGCUUCACAUCUGGUUGUGGUCAGCCUGUUGUACGGGUCAGUCUUUUUUGUCUAUUUAAGACCGACUAUCAAGAACUCUUCCUUUAGCAUGACAAAAUAUGUCUCCAUACUGUAUACUUUCAUCACCCCUGUGCUCAAUCCUUUCAUCUACACCAUUAGGAACAAUGAUGUGAAAGAUUCUAUCCAGAACACUAUGCUGAAAAUCUUAACUUUGAAUUCCAUGGAAAAAUGA